CCUAUACAAGACCAAGAUGGCUGCCGAAGAGUUAUACCCUCAUGCCGACAUGACAGUUUAUUUGAGAACAUGUGAGGAGGAGAUCUUGGAACCUAUUAAAGGAGAACUGACAGGCACCAUUCCGGCUUGGCUGAACGGCACUUUACUCCGGAACGGGUCCGGAGCCAAUCAGAUCGGCCCCGAUCGCUUCGGCCAUGUCUUUGAUGGAGCAGCUCUUCUUCAUAGGUUCCUGAUCCGCGAUGGCCAGGUGACUUACAACUGUCGGUUCCUGAACUCCCAGACGUACCGGCGGAACAAGUCGGCGCAGCGCAUCGUCAUCUCGGAGUUCGGGACCAAGGCCGUGCCGGACCCGUGCCAUACUAUAUUCGACAGAUUUUCGUCGUACUUUAACCCGUUCACACGUAUCUCGGACAACGCCGCGAUCUCCGUGUACCCGUUUGGCGACCAGAUGUACGCGCUCACUGAGACACCAUCCGCAUGCAUACAUAGGAUCGACACGGAGACGUUAGAGACUCUGGAGCACAAGGACAUCUCGCCGUCAGUGCUGGUGCACCAUACCGCACACCCUCAUAUCAUGCCUAAUGGGGACAUAUACAAUGUCGGCUUUUACUUCCUAAAAGGAAUGCUGAAACACAUAGUCGUCAAAUUUCCUUAUUCAAAAGAUGAGGACAUGUUCAGUUCAGCUCACAUAGUCGGCACAAUGAAACCACGCUGGAUUCUAAACCCCGCGUACAUGCACUCGUUCGGCAUAACGGAGAACUACUUUGUGAUAAUAGAGCAGCCGAUGUCACUGUCACUGCUCAACUCGGUGAUGAUGUACCUCAACAACGACCCCUACUCCACACUCAUCAAUACCUUCCCUGAUGAGGAUACGCACAUAGUCCUGGUGCACCGAGGGACGGGCGUGGAGAAGCGAUACCGGACUGACCCGCUGUUCUAUAUGCACGUCAUCAACUGUUACGAGGCGGACGGCAAGGUGGUCGUCGACCUUUGCUCCUACAAGGACGCCAAGCUAAUUAAUGCCAUGUUCACAGAGGCCGUAGAGACGAUGCAGCACAACUCGGAGUACGCGGACUGGGUGCGCAGUCGGCCGGUGCGGCUGGAGGUGGAGCUGGCGGCACCGGAGCUGAACAGCGCCGUCUACCGGACGAUAGCUGAUGUCGGCUGCGAGCUACCUCGUAUCAACUAUGAGCGGUGCAACGGAAAGCCGUAUAAGUAUUUUUACGCUGUAGCUACCGAUGUUGAUGAUGAAUAUACAGGCUCGUUGAUUAAAGUAAACGUAGACACGGGUGAGGUGACGCGAUGGUUCGAGAAAAAAAGCUACCCCAGUGAACCGAUUUUCGUAGCUUCGCCUGAUGCCAAGGAAGAAGACGACGGUGUGAUCCUCAGCGCAGUGCUAAAGGGUAAAGACAAGAACUGUAUCCAGCUGCUGGUGCUAGACGCUGGCAGCAUGGAGGAACUGGCGCGAGUGGACUUCACCACACCCUCUCAAGCUACCAGGUGCUUCCACGGAUGGUUCCUACCUGAUAACAUAAGGGCUUCAUAAGUUGAAGGAGCCGGCAACC